AUGGCCUCCAGGAGCCUGGGGGGCCUGAGCGGGAGCCGCGGCGGAGGCGGCGGCGGCGGCAAGAAGAGCCUCAGCGCCCGCAAUGCUGCGGUGGAGAGGAGGAACCUCAUCACGGUGUGCAGGUUUUCUGUGAAGACCCUGAUUGAUCGGUCCUGCUUUGAGACAAUUGAUGAUUCUUCUCCUGAAUUUAACAAUUUUGCAGCUAUUUUGGAACAGAUUCUAAGUCACCGGCUAAAAGAGAUAUCCCAAAGUUGCAGAUGGCUGGCUCAUCUCCAAAUACCUCUUCAAGGUCAAGUAACCUGGUUUGGUUAUGAAAGUCCUCGUAGCUUCUGGGACUAUAUCAGAGUGGCUUGCCGGAAAGUUUCACAGAAUUGUAUCUGCAGCAUUGAAAAUAUGGAAAAUGUCAGUUCUUCUAGAGCUAAGGGUAGAGCCUGGAUCAGAGUAGCACUCAUGGAAAAACAUUUAUCUGAAUACAUCUCUACAGCUCUGAGAGACUUCAAAACAACCAGGCGAUUUUAUGAAGAUGGAGCAAUUGUCUUAGGUGAGGAAGCAAAUAUGCUUGCUGGCAUGCUGCUUGGACUAAAUGCUAUUGAUUUCAGCUUCUGCCUCAAGGGAGAAGGAUUGGAUGGAAACUUUCCUGCCGUAAUAGAUUACACACCAUAUUUGAAAUUUACCCAAAGUUCUGACAGCAUCAGCAGUGACGAGGAAGAGCUGAGGACUUUGGGAAGCAGUGGUAGUGAAAGCAGCACUCCAGAGAAUGUCGGGCCUCCUUUCAUCAUGGAUGAGAAUAGUUGGUUCAACAAGUGUAAGAGAGUUAAACAAAAGUAUCAGCUAACCCUGGAACAGAAGGGUUAUCUUGAAGAACUCUUACGACUUCGAGAGAACCAGCUGUCCGAGUCUGUAUCCCAGAAUAAAAUACUACUUCAAAGGAUUGAAGAUUCUGAUCUGGCUCAUAAAUUGGAAAAGGAACAAUUAGAAUAUAUAAUUGUGGAGCUUCAAGAUCAGCUGACUGUGCUAAAGAAUAAUGAUUUAAGAUCAAGACAAGAGUUAACUGCCCACCUCACCAACCAGUGGCCUUCCCCAGGAGCUCUGGAUGUCAAUGCUGUUGCCUUGGAUACGUUGCUUUACCGAAAACACAAUAAACAGUGGUAUGAAAAAAGUUAUCAAAGUCUUGACCAGUUAUCAGCUGAAGUCAGCCUUUCUCAGACUUCACUGGAUCCAGGUCAGUCACAAGAAGGAGAUGGGAAACAAGACACAUUAAAUUUAAUCAGUGAAGGUAAAGAAGAUACCCCCUCAUUACUCGGUCUCUGUGGAUCUCUAACAUCAGUGGCAAGUUACAAAUCUCUAACAAGUCUCAAAUCUAAUGACUACCUUGCAAGUCCCACAACAGAGAUGACGAGUCCAGGCCUAACUCCAUCCUGAAAAUUUUAUGUCAGAGCCAGAAGUUUUUAUGUUGCAAAUGUUCUAUUUACAUAAGUUUGACUGCUGGGAAAACCUUUGGAAUUUUAUAUUGUUCUGGCACAUGUCUGGAAUUCUAUUGCUUCUAUUUGAGAAUUCAGU